AUGAUGAAGUAUUUAGUAACCAUAUCUGGUUUUGAAACAAGAAACGAUAUAAUAUUUUAUAAAAUCACUAUCAAUGGAUUGCAUCACUCUAAAGUGAUUUAUAAAAGAUACUCAGAUUUACGAGCUUUAAAUGAGCAACUUAUAUAAAAGAAUCGUGAAUUCAAACUUAAAUUGAAUCUACCUAAAUUCCCAAAAAAAAAAUUAUUCGGAAGAACUAAGCAUUCUGAGUCUGAUAUUGUAACAAGAGUAAUAAUUAUUAAGAAUACUUUAGGGAUUAGAGUUAUAGUAAUACUUGGAAAUCAUCUUGAAUAUUUCUAUGCUAUGGACAUUCUCUUUUAUCAGAGACCUUUAACCUCUUGAUGAAGAAUUUGAAGAGUCAAUUAAGCAAAUAAACACAAGUCAUUAAUAUACUAAAGAUGUUUGUUGGCCAUAGAUGUAAGAAUUAAAGCAAUAAUAUUUGUAACGUCACGAUGUAAGUUCUUCUCCAUCAAAAAGUUAAACCAAAAAAUCAAACGGAUAUAAAUAAAGAUACUAUUUUUAAUCUGGAGAAUAUGUGAAACAACAAGACUUUGUUUUAUAUUUUAUUACUUUAACUGACUCAAAAAAGAAUGUUCAAUAUUUAUUUAAUACUCGAUACAGCAAGCUCAAAGAUUACCAUUCUUUAUUAGAAAAUAAGUAAUUUAAAAAUUAGCUUCCUCCAUUUCCUAAAAGAAAACUUAUUGGAUAAACUUCUGAUAAUCCAGAUGAAAUUCAAGAAAGAUAAAAUUAAUUAGAAAGAUAUCUAAAUGAUAUUUUUAGCAUAAAAGAAUUCGUAAAUAGCGAACCUUUAGUUUAUUUUAUCAUACGCAUUAAGCUUGAAAGUAAGACUAUUUAAGAAUUCGAUUAAUAACAUUAAAAAUGUAGUCGAUAUUCAUAAUAAGUAAAUUGCUCUUCUUUUGAUAAAGAACCCUUUGAAAUACCAAAAAAUAUUCAAUCCUAUUGA